CUUACAAACCUCUACAACUUCCUUCCCUCAUUGUACCAAAAUACGCCAACCCGUAAUCGAUUGCUUCGUAUGUCUGACACUAGAUGGUAUCUAAAGUGAUUCGUCUGCCACAUCAGCAACACCAGCUAGAGCUCAGGUGAUCUGUGGCUGAAUGAAACUAAUAUUCUUUUCUUCAUCGGCUGUGUUAUAAAUCUUACGUUAAACUACAGAGUGCCUUACAGAGUUCUUUUCUGGCCGUACAAAAUUCUUUGCCUACCUAAACGGGAAGGAAGACGUGACCGAGAUCACGUGACGUUACGGUCACUUUUAGCACACUGCAUGGCUGUAGCAGCAGAAUGAGUACACGACAGACGAAAGUGAACCAAGGCAUUGUAAAGCAGGUCCUUUCAGGGGAUUCUGUCAUUAUCAGAGGGCAACCAAAAGGAGGUCCUCCACCAGAGAAGACACUUAGCCUCUCCAAUAUCAUUGCACCAAAGUUGGGUCGACGUGCCGUCAACAAUGCGGAAGGGACAAAAGAUGAACCAUAUGCAUGGGAAGCACGAGAGUACUUACGCAAGAAACUGGUUGGUGAAGAGGUUUUGUUUACUUUGGAAAAACCUCCUAAUACAUCACGAGAAUAUGGCUGCAUCUAUCUUGGCAAGGACAUUGCUACUGGAGAAAAUGUGACGGAGUCCUUAGUGUCAGAAGGCCUAGUCAGUGUUCGCCAUCAGGGAGUACGUCAAGGACCCGAGCAACAGCGUCUUAUUGAGUUGGAAGAGGCAGCAAAAGCUGCUGGUAAGGGUAAAUGGGCUGUUAGAGGAAGCCAGGAGCAUGUACGAGAUAUCAUAUGGUCAAUAGACAAUCCACGCAACUUUGUGGACAAGUGUGGUGGGAAACCUAUAAAGGCUGUUAUCGAAAGUGUGCGAGAUGGUUCCACUGUAAGGGCAUUCUUGUUGCCAGACUUUUAUUACAUCACACUUAUGAUCUCUGGAAUUAGAUGCCCUGGAUUCAAACUUGAUAAUGAUGGUAAACCAGACCCAUCUGCAAAGGUGCCUUAUGCUGAAGAAGCCAAGUUUUUUGUGGAGUCUCGGCUGCUGCAGAGAGAUGUUGAGAUUAUUUUGGAGUCUGUUAGUAACAACAACUUUGUUGGGAGUAUCCUUCACCCAAGAGGUAAUAUUGCAGAAGCCUUGUUGAAGGAGGGGUUUGCACAAUGUGUUGACUGGUCAAUGGCAUUCAUGAAGAGUGGCUCUGACAAACUUCGAGCAGCUGAAAAGUUAGCGAAGGAGGGCAAAAUUAGAAAAUGGAAAGACUACCAAGCAACUGGCCCGCAGAUUUCAGGAAUGGAGAAAGAAUAUACAGCCACAGUCACUGAAGUUGUGAAUGGAGAUGCCCUGAUGGUUAAGACUGCAGAUGGAACAGUCAAGAAGAUCUUCCUAGCAAGUAUCCGGCCUCCAAGAGAACAGAGCAGGACAACAGAGGAGAAGCCUAAUGAGCCUCCACCUCCACGAUCAAAGGGUUUCCGUCCUCUGUAUGACAUUCCAUGGAUGUUUGAAGCCCGUGAGUUUCUGCGUAAAAAGCUGAUUGGCAAGAAGGUGAAUGUUGUUGUUGAUUACAUUCAAACUGCGAAGGACAACUUCCCUGAGAAAGUUUGCUGUACAGUUACUAUUGGUGGAGUUAAUGUAGCAGAAGCGAUGGUAAGCAAAGGCUUUGCUACAGUGCUCAGAUAUCGUCAGGAUGAUGAUCAGAGAUCAUCUCACUAUGAUGAACUUCUAGCUGCUGAAAUGAAAGCUACCAAAUCUGGAGCUGGGGUCCAUGCAAGGAAGGAUAUUCCUAACCAUCGUGUUCUUGAUGUAACAGGGGACCUGACCAAAGCAAAGCAGAACCUGCCAUCUCUUCAGCGAGCUGCUCGAACUGAAGCUGUAGUAGAAUUUGUUGCAAGUGGCUCUAGACUAAGACUUUAUAUUGUCAAGGGAAACUCCUGCCUUGUUACAUUCCUGCUAGCGGGCAUCAGUUGCCCCCGAGGCUCCCGGCCAGGCAUUGGAGGAGCAGGGCCAGUAGAUGGGGAACCCUUUGGAGAGGAAGCACUGCAGUUCACCAAGGACAAGUGUCUGCAGCGUGACGUUGAAGUCCAAGUAAAAUCGAUGGAUAAGGCUGGAAACUUCAUUGGUUGGUUGUGGGUUGAUGGCCAUAAUUUGUCUGUUGCUCUGGUUGAGGCUGGACUGGCAUCCGUACAUUUCACAGCUGAACACUCUGAACAUUACAGAGCACUCAAGGCUGCUGAAGACACUGCAAAGGCUGCCAGACUGAAGGUGUGGAAGGAUUAUGUAGAAGAAAAUGAAGAGGAAAAGAAAAUUGAGGAGGAUCAUGUCACAGAACGCAAGAUAGAGUACCAGAAGGUGUACGUGACUGAGGUCACACCGGAGCUCCAUUUUUAUGCACAACUGGUGGAACAUGGUCCCAAGCUUGAGCAGUUGGUGGCAAAAAUAAGACAGGAAUUCACUGCAAAUCCACCUUUGGCCGGUGCAUACACCCCUAAGCGAAGUGAAAUAUGUGCAACCAAGUUUUCAUUUGAUGGGCAAUGGUAUCGUGCUCGUGUGGAGAAGAUAUCUGGCUCUAAGGUCAGUGUAUUCUACAUUGACUAUGGGAAUCGAGAGACUGUGGAUGUUUCGCAGUGUGCUGCUCUACCAUCCAGUUUUGCGACAGACAAGCCGUAUGCACAUGAGUUUGCACUGGCUUGCGUUCAGUUGCCGAAUGAUGAAGAUUAUAAAGAAGAGGCAAUCCAAGCUCUAAAGAGUGCGCUGAAUCCAAGUCUGAAUUUGAACGUAGAAUACAGGCAGGGAAAUGUUUCAUAUGCUACAUUAGUUGACAUCACCAAUAACGAUGAGGACAUUGCCAAAAAACUGAUUCAUGAAGGACUUCUUAUGUGUGAGAACCGCAAAGAAAAAAGACUGCAGAAACUGAUGGUGGAAUACAGAGCAGCGCAAGAAGCUGCGAAGAGGAGACAUGUGAACAUGUGGAUGUAUGGCGAUAUCACAGAAGAUGAUGCCGAGGAGUUUGGUCUGGGACGCUAGAAGCACGCGUGCUCCAGGGUAAACUUAUCCAAUAUUGAUAUAUUCUAUUUCAUUGUACAACACUCCAAAUUUGCCAUGAAAUUAUGGAAGUAUUCCAGAGCUUAAUUUAACAUUAUGGAGCCAUCUGUGGAGAAGGUUAAAGACACUGUGGAACAUUUCGAGUGGAAUUCUCAUUCAUUGUUCUUCAGUUUAAGGAUUUUCCUUGUUUAACAUUUAAUUUUAACAUUGGCAAUGUUAGAUUAUUUAAGAUCUCUCAUAGUCCAAUGUGUGAUUCCAUUGCUCAUGAGAGACUUUAGUGGGGAUAUUACUGUAUGUAAUUUUGUGGCAAAUUUGAUGUCCUGCCAUGCAAUGAGAUAGAUCUGCCAUACACAGGCACAGCAGUGGGAGAGCACCUAGAGAAGUCAUGCAUUUCCCCUCAGCAGCAUCAGAUCAACCAGCUGAAUGGCUAUGAUCAUUGCAGAAUGUGUAGCUGGAUUCAAGUUAUGCAUUUGAAUGGUCAUAGCAUGACAAACCUUCCUACAAAAAGUAAUAUACAUAUACACAAUGAAAACAAUGCUGAAAUGACUGUGGUAUCCUAGCCCCAUGGUUCUUUAUGGCCAUAAAUCGUAAAGUUAAGAUACUACUGUAUGCACAGUGCUACAGAUGUAUAGAACUGUUACUUGUAAAGAAAGGUGCUAUACUUGGCACACCCAGUUCAAAAUGAAUACAAAUAUUAAAGCAUAAAAAUCAUGUGAAUGGAAGCACAUAAAAUAUUUAAGAGAACAUGUUGAAGAAUUGUUUCCAGUUUGAGGAGGCAUGUAGUACCAAUCAUGUGGUUUGCAUUGAUUUUGCAGAUAUUGUGCUGUAAAUAUUGAGAAUGGUGAGAUUGUGAUCUUGUGGGAUGUAAUGCCGUGUAGUCUGGUAGAUUCAUACCAGUGUUUGCGUGGAAGCUGCUGUCUACAAGUUCAGUGCUGGUCAUUUGGUAGCUUUCUACCAGACUACACCACAUCACUUCCCAGAGGACAACAAUCUUUAUAUUCACUGCCGUGAGAACCUCAGAUCUCAUUAACAAAGGUGUUCACCAGACUCUCAGACUGUUACAAAAGCCAAGUGACACAGGAUGCUUCUAUGUGGCAGCUUCUUGGGCACUGGGCUUCUGAUCAUUAUUCAUGUGUUAUGGCUGAACUUGUACAUUUGAUGUUGCAACAGUCACUGGAAACAAAAAAUAUUUGAUGGACGCAGAACACCUGACUCCAUUUAAGUAAUAUAUAUAUCCGCAAUCAUGAAAUUAAUAGUCGGCAGGGAUAACACGAGUCGUUAAGACCGUGACUGAUAGUUAUUGUGCAGUUUUAUUUUUAUUAUUAUUAUUAUUAUUAUUAUAAAUAACUUAUGUUUCUAAUUUUGUAAGGUGAAACAUCAGUGUGAUUUUUUUUUAAGGUUUAUGUUCAGUUGCAGAUAAUAUCUUGAGGGGUUAACAUGAAAUGGUGGAUGUGGGACUGUGUUAUUAUGAUUACAAAUAAAAUUGUUGAAUUAAA